CCCGCGGAAGGCGGAAGUGUGAGAGCCGCCGAGGCGGCUGAGUGUGGCUGAGGUGGCCUUAGCUGGCUCCGCGGCUGUUCCGGCUCUGGGCUCGGAGAGUCACAGGAGAGGAACGCAUGGCCCUGAGGCGGCUGCAGAGCCUGGCGGGGUCCGGAGGUUGACGUCGCCCCCGCUCCGGCCCUCGAGGCCGCCUCCUCCGGGCAGCCUCCGGGGCCCGCGCCCGCGCCUGCUCAGGCUCCCGUGCCCCUGCCCAUCCCCGCCCCAGUGGUGUUCUGGACGUUGGGACCUGUGACCUUGGCCUUGGGCAGGGCUCCCAAAGCCGGCUGCAGCCCGGCGGCCCUGGACCUCUCACUAUGACCGCGGCCGCCGCCUCCAACUGGGGGCUGAUCACGAACAUCGUGAACAGCAUCGUAGGGGUCAGUGUCCUCACCAUGCCCUUCUGCUUCAAACAGUGUGGCAUCGUCCUGGGGGCGCUGCUCCUGCUCUUCUGCUCCUGGAUGACGCACCGGUCGUGCAUGUUCCUGGUGAAGUCGGCCAGCCUGAGCAAGCGGAGGACCUAUGCCGGCCUGGCAUUCCACGCCUAUGGAAAAGUGGGGAAGAUGCUGGUGGAGACCAGCAUGAUUGGGCUGAUGCUGGGCACCUGUGUCGCCUUCUACGUCGUCAUCGGUGAUUUGGGGGCCAACUUCUUUGCCCGGCUGUUUGGGUUUCAGGUGGGCGGCACCUUCCGCACGUUCCUGCUGGUCGCGGUGUCACUGUGCAUCGUGCUCCCACUCAGCCUGCAGCGGAACAUGAUGGCCUCCAUCCAGUCCUUCAGCGCCAUGGCCCUCCUCUUCUACACCGUGUUCAUGUUCGUGAUUGUGCUCUCCUCUCUCAAGCACGGCCUCUUCAGCGGGCAGUGGCUGCGGCGGGUCAGUUACAUCCGCUGGGAGGGCGUCUUCCGCUGCAUCCCCAUCUUCGGCAUGUCCUUUGCCUGCCAGUCCCAGGUGCUGCCCACCUACGACAGCCUGGAUGAGCCAUCGGUGAAAACCAUGAGCUCCAUAUUUGCCUCCUCCCUCAACGUGGUCACCACCUUCUACGUCAUGGUGGGGUUUUUCGGUUACGUCAGCUUCACUGAGGCCACAGCCGGCAACGUGCUGAUGCACUUCCCCUCCAACCUGGUGACGGAGAUGCUCCGUUUGGGCUUCAUGAUGUCAGUGGCUGUGGGCUUCCCCAUGAUGAUCCUGCCGUGCCGGCAGGCGCUGAGCACGCUGCUGUGUGAGCAGCAGCAAAAAGAUGGCACGUUUGCAGCAGGGGGCUACAUGCCCCCCCUCCGGUUUAAAGCACUUACCCUCUCUGUGGUGUUCGGUACCAUGGUUGGUGGCAUCCUUAUCCCCAACGUGGAGACGAUCCUAGGCCUCACGGGUGCAACCAUGGGAAGCCUCAUUUGCUUCAUCUGCCCAGCGCUGAUCUACAAGAAAAUCCACAGGAACGCGUUUUCCUCCCAGGUGGUGCUGUGGGUCGGCCUGGGCGUCCUGGUGGUGAGCACUGUCACCACGCUGUCUGUGAGCGAGGAGGUCCCUGAGGACUUGGCAGAGGAAGCCCCCGGGGACCAGCUUGGAGAGGCCGAGGGUCUGAAGAAGGUGGAGGCAGUGCGGCUCUCAGCCCAGGAUCCGGUCGCGGCCGUGGCCGAGGAUGGCCGGGAGAAGCCGAAGCUGCCGAAGGAGAGAGAGGAGCUGGAGCAGGCCCAGAUCAAGGGCCCCGUGGAUGUGCCCGGGCAGGAAGAUGCGAAGGAGGCGCAGGAGGCUGCGCAGCUGGAUCGCCCCGGGCAAGGGAUUGCCGUGCCCGUGGGGGAGGCCCACCGCCAUGAGCCUCCCGUUCCUCACGACGAGGUGGUGGUAGAUGAAGGCCAAGACCGAGAGGCACCAGAAGAGAACAAGCCUCCGUCCAGAGACACGGGCGGAGAAGCUCCAGGGGUCCAGGGCCAGGUGGCACCGCCUCUGCCCAACUCAGAAAGAGAGAAGCGGGAGCCGGAGCAGGAAGAGGGUGGGAAGAGGCCUGGACAGGCCCCGGCUUUGGAGGAAGUGGGUGAUUUUCCUGAAGAUCCCCAGAAAGUUCCAGAAGCAGAUGGUCAGCCAGCUGUCCAGCCUGCAAAGGAGGACCUGGGGCCAGGAAAUGGGGAUCUGCAUCCGCGGCCGCAGGCAGCACUGUCUGAGGAGCAGAAGGCCCCGGCAGCGGGUGAAGGGGAAAAGGCCAACGGGGUGCCACCACCAGGCAAUGCUGCUGGGGACACGGGGCAGCCCACAGAGGACAGCGACCAUGGUGGGAAGCCUCCCCUCCCAGCGGAGAAGGUGGCCGCAGGGGCUGGGCUGCCGGCCGAGCCUCGAGAGCAGAGGGACGUGGAGCGAGUGGGCGGAGACCAGGCGGCCAGCCAGCUGGAAGCUGAAAUUAAAAAGAUAGUAGCAGAAGCUGGCAGGGCGGAGAUGCUGGACCAUGCUGUCCUGCUUCAGGUGAUCAAAGAACAGCAGGUGCAGCAAAAGCGCUUGCUGGACCAGCAGGAGAAGCUGCUGGCGGUGAUCGAGGAGCAGCACAAGGAGAUCCACCAGCAGAGGCAGGAGGACGAGGACGACAAGCCCAGGCAGGUGGGCAUGCAGCCAGAGCCCGGGGUGGCAGUGCCCAGAGGCCAGGAGGCCCCCGAAGGCAAGGCCAGGGAUACGGUGGAGAAUCUGCCUCCCCUGCUUUUGGACCCUGCCCUCAGAGCUCCUGGGGGCCGCCCUGCUCCAUCCCAGGACCUUAACCAGCACUCCCUGGAGCACCUUGAGGGGGCUGUGGGCAGACAGCCUGCUGGCCCUCCAGAUGGCGGCUCUGACACGGAGCCACGGCGAGCCCUGGCCAAGCUAAGAGACGGCCAGAAGGAUGCUGCCCCCAGGGCAGCUGGCACGGUGAAGGAGCUCCUCCCUAAGGUCACGGAGCAGGUGCUUGUGCCGGACCCCGCCAGGGAAGCCGAGGGCGCAGAGGAGCGCCUUGCAGAGGAAUUCCCCAGGCAAAAUCAGGAUGUUCCUGGUGGCGGUUCCCAAGAAAGGAAGAAACCUGGGAAGGAGGUGGCAGCCACUGGCACUGGCAUUCCGAGGGAAGCCAACCGGCUGGAGGCAGGGCCAGGAGCAGAGACAGGGGACCUUCGUGUGAAGUCCAAGCAAAUGAGCCGAGGCCUGGGCCUUGCAGAAGGCCUGCCUGGCAAGUUGGAGGGAGCAGCCCUGCAGCCCCAGGCUGCGUUACGCCAGCCGGAGCGACGGGUCAUCUCUGAUGGCGAGCAGGAUGGACAGCAGGGCCACCAGCUAGACCAUGGUGGUCACCUGGAGAUGAGAAGGGAGGCCCACGGCAGGGACCACGUGCCUGUGUCCCACAAGCAGCCAGGAGGUGGGGAGGACACUGCUGUCCAGGAGCCCAGGCAGAGGCCGGAGCCAGCGCUGGGGCCCAAACGAGCUGCCCCCAUGGCCCAGAGGCCGGACAAUGCCAAGCCCAACAGAGACCUGAAGCUGCAAGCUGGCUCCGACCUCCGGAGGCGGCGGCGGGACCUGGGCCCUCGUGCAGAGGACGAGCCGGCCCCGAAGGACGGAGUCAUCAUUGGCUUUAACCCCCCACCUGAUGUCCAGGUGAACGACCUCCGUGGUGCCCUGGAUGCCCAGCUCCGCCAGGCUGUGGGGGGCGCUUUGCAGGUGGUCCACAGCCGGCAACUUAGACAGGCGCCCGGGGAUCUGGAGGAGGCCUAGCACCCGUUGGCCAUGAGGGCCACGCCCGCCACCGCCACGGCAGCACGUCUCUCCCGGCCACGUUCUGGCGGAACUCGAGGUCACAUGCACUCUUCCCCAGGGUUUCACAUCUGAGGCCCUCACCAAGUGUGAGUGCAAGUAUAAAAGAUUUCACUGUCUGUGGCAUUGUUUCCAGAAUGUUCUUGCCGUUAUUUGUUGCACCUCUUAGUCUGAGGUCCUCUAACCUCUCGACUCUGAGCUCACUACAGCCUGUGAGGAACGACCUCCAGGGUGAGCUGGCCGACGUGCUUUCUCCCAGGCUCAGGCUGGGGAGCCGCUGCGUCUGGGGCCAAUCCUCCCGCUCGUGCUGAGAGCACGUCUUCAGGCUGAGCUCGGCCGGCAGCCAUGCGUGGAGGCACACGUGGCUGCCGGUGGUCCCAACACAGGCUACAGUGAGAGCCAGCGUCAACCCCAGACUUCAGUGACUCAGAAUUUUCAGUUUAUUGAUGUUUCCCACAGUGUGGUAGAAAUCUUGAAUAAAUUCUUGUGCCUUCGCC